AUGCCCAGAUCCACAGUAUGCUUCGUGGCCAGGUACAUCAUCCAGCCGAAUCCGUCAGGCGUCCUAGUGACCGGCGUCUCCCAGACGGACCUCGGGGGCAACGUGCCGCUGUGGUUCCAGGGCCUUGUCAAGAAGGUGAGAAGUGUGGCUGAUGAUGUCGAUGGCGUGGUGAUGCGUGGUGUGGGUGAAAGCAGUGAUUGCCGGGCGCAGAAAACCUGUGGAAUGGGCGCAGCGGCUAGAGGUCCGGCUUGCGAAAGCGAGCAGUGUGAAAGGGAGCCUGACAGCUUCAGCACUCUUCAGCUGUCCCAGCAAGACUUGCCCGUUGCGCCGAACCAGGAAGCUGAUCAGGCUUUGCCCCAACGCUCUGCUUCCGAAGCCUCGUCCGACUGGCGUUGGCAUCGUCAUUGGCCUUGGGCCCGUCGACACUUCCGCCACUACGGGAAACAUGGGUACUCCUAUGGGAAGCCUACGACCACCGAGCCGCCAACGACCACCGAGCCGGAUGUCACAACGAGCACCACGACCUCGACGGCGACUGCCAGUGGAUCCCCGGAUGUACCCAACCCUUUCGACAGAAUCACAUGUCCAGGAGGCAUCAAGGGCCCGGGUGCUCGCUGGCGUGACACUGUUAACUUGCGAGGAACCGAGUUCCAUUUCUAUGCAGGCCUGGGUAACCUGGGCGUGGGGAACCGACGGAAGGACCUCUGCCAGCCCGGAGGUGGUGGCACGCCAUGCUUUGAUCCAAGUGCGCCGGGCGACACCGGGGAAAUGAAGGUCGAGUACCAGGCUCCGGUGGGUUCAGACCUCGGAUUCGUGAAGCAGAACUACAUUUCGUCAAGUGGUACGAAGACAAACCAAUUCGGAUCCACCGCCGGGCCCGAUAUCUUCUACCAGCCUCCACCGUGUCCACAAGCACCAGAAGACCGACCCGUGGGCUGCUUUCCCGGGAAUCCGGGCAACGUGGCUGGCUGCAAUGCGACCAACUGGGACUCCCGCCCCAGCACGGCCUGCUAUGAAGCGGACGGCCUCAAUGUCCUGGAUAUUUGGCUCAGGAACAGGGCAUGCCGAGCAGGUAUCUUUUUCACCCUCACCGAUGUGCAGGUGACAUUGGACGGAGUGACAACUAACCUAACGGACGUGGGGCCUAUCCCAGACUGCGAUGCGACUUCCGACCUGCGAGUAUGCUUUUACGUGCCCGGGUUUGGCACCGCAUCCAAUUGGGUUGUGAACGCCAUCUUCGACUUCGGAGCCGUCAGCCCACAAUGCGUGGCCGUGGCCACCGAGACAGGGCUGAAUGUGACGGACGCAUGCUUCGACACUGUGCAGGGGCAGUGCCAGACGAUUGCCUCGAAUUCUUCGCAAAACGCAAGGCAGGUUUGCGGUCCGUCGACGGAGCUGAACAGUGUGGACAUCCAA